GUUGAGCCUGGUGCUGACGAGGUUUCGAGACUGGAGAACACUGGGGGAGAUCAUCACACGAGGACCAAACUUUCACUCACCUCCCUUCCCUUGGGUAUUUGAUCCAAUUGGCAAAUAUUCUGUAAAAAAAAAAAAAGUCAGAAUUCUAACUGCUGGUUUCCCAAUCGCCAAAUAUUCAGGUGAAUGGGUACAGAAAUGCGUAUCCCGGGAACCGCGAACCUGUCUGGACGGUGGGCGUCCCCGCCAGCCGCCCGCGCAUCCUGACGGUGAGCCGCGAACCCCGCUGGGUCUCUGCCCGCGUUCCAGCCACUGAGGGUCCAGCCCGACCUAACGCUGCACCAAGCUCAGAGGCUGCAGAGGACGCUGAGCGAACCCGGGAGGCUGCAGCGACAGCGCGGACGCACAGACACGGCGACCUGGGGGGACACAGGGGACACCUGCCGACUCCGCCCCGACGCCCGGAGGGCAGCGCGGCGACCUCCGGAGCCCACACCCCGUCCCACCGCCAGGAGCCAAAGCAGCCGGGUCCCAGGGACCCUUUGGGAGUGGCCUGUGCGCCGCCCCGCCUCCCGGCGACCUUGUGGGCGUGACCACAGGUGGCUCCGCCCCGAACUAGAUCACCUGACCACCGACGGCUCACGUGACCGGCUCCGCGCCGCCAUCUUGGGGUUCCGGUGGGAGCCGAAAAGCGGGGAAAAGGAGGCGCGGAUCCGGCAGCACGGUGGGAGAGGACGAGGGCGAGGGCGCGGGGGCGCCCGGCCGGCCCCAGGAGGCGCGCGGAGCAGCAGCUGCCGCCGCCCUACCGCAGAUAUGGAAGAGAGCAGCGGUGUCACCAUGCUGGUGCCAGAUAUCGGGGAACCGGAAGCAGUAUUGACUGCCGAAACUGUCAUCAGCUCUUCCCUGGAAGUCGACGAGCAGAGCACAGCUAAAACAGACCCGCUGGUCCACGUUAUCCAGAAGUUAAGCAAGAUAGUGGAGCACGAAAAGUCACAGAAAUGCCUUUUAAUCGGGAAGAAACGCUCACGUCCACAUGCUGGGACGUGCUCCCCCGAGUCCCCCGAACUCUGUGAGAUUCCAGCGAAGGUGGCCCAGCCUCCUGCCGCUGCGGCGGCAGCGAGAAGGGCCACGCGGCCCCAAAUGCCUGGGGGCCCUGACUCUCCCGCCCAGAAUGAUGGGAAGGGGAUGUCUUACCAGUGCAGCCUCUGCCAGUUCCUAUCUCCGUCCUUCCCUGUGUUAAAAGACCACAUCAAGCAGCACGGUCAGGAGAAUGAAGUGAUACUGAUGUGCUCCGAGUGCCGUGUUACGUCGAAAAGCCAAGAGGAGCUGGAGGCUCACGUGGCCAAUGACCACGAGGACGAUGCCAGCAGUCACAGUCAGCCCAGGCCCCGGCUGUGCUCGAGCCCCCCCACCUCCCUGUGUCCGAGACCCACAGAGAGGAAUAGCAGGGCCACUCCGGACCUCCCCGUGGGCGAGAGCUGCCCGCAGACGCGCGCCAUCCCUGCCGCGCCCACGGCGGACGUGGGGAGGAGGAAGUGGUAUGCCUACGAGCAGCACGGCGUGUACCGGUGCCUGUUCUGCAGCUACACGUGUGGGCAGCAGAGGAUGCUGAAGACGCAUGCUUGGAAGCACGCCGGGGAGGUGGGCUGCUCCUACCCGAUCUUUGAGAACGAGAACGAGCCCCUGGGCUUGCUGGGCUCCUCGGCGGCGGCUGCUCCUGGCGGGGUGGACGCUGUGGUCAUCGCCAUCGGAGAGAGUGAGCUGAGCAUCCACAACGGGCCUUCGGUGCAGGUGCAGAUCUGCAGCUCCGAGCCACUGUCCCCCACGUCGGCUCUGGAGCCGGGUGUGGAGGCGGCCAUCGGCCUCGGCCCGGCGGUGACCCUGGAUGCUAACGAGGAGGACGUGCUCGAGGUGAUUUCCGACGCGGAGGAGAGUCUGGUGGCGGACAGUCUCCUCUCGUCGGCGCAGAAGAUCAUCAGCAGCGGCCCCAGCAGGGAGGGCCACGUGAACGUGAUCGUGGAGCGCCUGCCCGGGGCCGAGGAGCCUGCGUCCCAGCAGCCGUUCCUCGUGAGCGCUGCGACCGGGGAGGGGGACGGCCCGCACCCAGCGGGAGCCCCGACCGGGCACGACGGGAGAGGUGAGGGUUGUCACACUGACCAGUGCACUGUUGACCUUGGGGGGCUGAUCAUAGGCUGGAGCAGCGCAGAGAAGAAGGGCAGCGAGUUCCUCCGUCAGGGACUGGCCCCCGAUGAGAAUGCCCCGCCGGGCCGCAGGAGGACAGACUCGGAGUCUCUUCGUUUACACUCGCUGGCAGCAGAGGCUCUGGUCACAAUGCCCGUCCGGGCUGCUGAGCUCACAAGAGCCAGCCUCGGGCACCACGGGAACACGGUCCUGUUGGACCCAGACGCUGGGCAGAGGCAGGCAGACGGCACGUUGGCUGCGUAUUCCAAAAUGAUGUCACCACUUAAAAACUCCUCAAACGGAUUAGCUAGUUUUAACCAAAGCAGCUGCCCCUUGGUGGCCCUCCCGGAGGGCAGGCAGGAAUUGUCUGAGGGGCAGGCGAAGACAGGUAUCAGCGUGUCCUUACUCACUGUCAUUGAGAAGCUGAGGGAAAGGACGGACCAAAAUGCCUCGGACGAGGACAUCUUGAAGGAGCUGCAGGACAACGCUCAGUGCCAGCCCAGUGGCGAGGCCGGGCUGUCAGGCAGCGGUCUGGUGGAGUACGUCCCCAGCGCGGAGCGGCCCUACCGCUGCCGCCUCUGCCACUACUCCAGUGGGAACAAGGGCUACAUCAAGCAGCACCUGCGGGUCCACCGGCAGAGGCAGCCCUACCAGUGCCCCAUCUGCGAGCACGUGGCAGAUAGCAGCAAAGAGCUGGAGAGCCACACGGUUCACCACUGCAAGGCCCGGCUGUACCCGUGCAGGCGCUGCGCGGAGGCCUUCCACUACAAGAGUCAGCUGAGGAGCCACGAGAGAGAGCGGCACAGCCUCCCAGACUCCGAGUCCGCGGCAGCUUCCCCCGAACCCAGGCUUCCCAGGGACUCAGCUGAGGUGAAGUGCACGCAGGAAGAGAACAGGCCUGCGGCCUCGAAGCAGUUCCGGUGCGACGUGUGCGACUACACCAGCACGACGCACGUGGGCGUCAGGAACCACAGGCGGACCCACAGCUCCGACAAGCCAUACAGGUGCUGCCUGUGCGGCUACGUGUGCGGCCACCCCCCGUCGCUGAAGUCCCACAUGUGGAAGCACGCGAGCGACCAGAACUACAACUACGAGCAGGUGAACAAGGCCAUCAACGAUGCCAUCUCUCAGAGUGGCAGGGCCCUAGGGAAGCCACCCGGGAAGACUCUCUGGAGCAGCAGGGAAGGAAGAGCUGGCCCCCACCCCGGCAGUCCAGGCAGUGUGUCGCAGGCCUCCGAGCCCCCUCCCCAGGCUCCUGUGGAGAGCGGGGGACAGAGCCCCGCCAGCCCUGCCUCCUGUGGCUCGGAGAAGAGCCCCAGUGCGGUGCCUCCAGGGAUGGAGUAUUGCGUCUUACUGUUCUGCUGCUGCAUCUGCGGGUUCGAGUCCACGAGCAAAGAGAACCUGUUGGAGCACAUGAAGGAGCACGAGGGAAAGAAGAAAAAGAGACCUCUACAUCCAAAGCUAGGAUUUUGUAUGAUAGUGCAUUUCCAAGACGACAAGGUUUUCUGUUGGGGCUUUUGUAGUCUUGUCCUGCGUUCGUGCCUCGUUUUGUUGAAGUCAGUUGUGCCCACACGUCCGGGCGGCACCUCGCGCAGGCCCGCCUCUCGGUGCUUUUCCUGAGCGGGCUCCGCAGCUGCAGCCACCCCGCUGUGUUGCCGGUGACUCCGGAGCCACGAAGACGGACUCAUUGAAUGUGAUGCUCUGUGGACCCGUGUUGGACGGACACCUCUCCCCAGAGUCCAGGUGUGACUGGGGUUCGCAUUUUUAGGAUAGCAGUGGGGCCAGGUGUCUGGAAACACUGAUUUGUUUUCUUAAUUUCAUUUUCAGAUGAUUUUUAAGCAAACAGUGGUAAGUUUGCAGCUCUUUAAUUUAGGUAGCUAUAAGUUAUUUAUGAAAGUUAAUCUACUUUUGAUACAUGACUUUUACAGAGAAAGAAGGAAUAUGUAUAGUAAAUUAUAUUCCCCAUGUCCACUGCAUGUGGAUUUAUAUUCAUUUUCUCCUGUUUUCACAAGUAAAACUGUUACAUUUCAUUUCAGAUGCAAAUGAAGUAUUUUGAAUGGCCCCUUAUGGCCACUCACACUGUCACCACUCAGCCAACCUGCUGGUGGCUGGGACUCAGGGUUUCUUUACAGAAACCUGUGAUUCUGAGAGUUAGCAACCUUAAAAAUUUUUGUUUUAUAAAUUUUCUUGGCUUUAACUUUAUGCAAUCAUUUUGGAAAAUACUAAUAACCAGGAACAUCCCAUAAUUUUCAACAGGGAAUUUUUUAAUUACUUUUUUUCAUUUUUGUAGACCACUUCUAUUGAUUGUUACCUAAGUUUCCCAUCUGGAAUCAUGGAUUUAAAAUUCCCCUGGCUCGAGGGGAAAGAAACUGACAGAAGUUCAAAGUCUUUAAAUGCUCAUCUGGCCUAGAACAUCCUCCAAAGCUUCCCCCUGGCCUGUAGGGGGCCGCAUCCCAUGGUGUCCGCACCUCCUGGUGCCCGCUUUGUGGCCAGCCUUGGUGCCACUGCCAGGAGCCCCUGAGCCCUCCGCCGUGUGGAAGCAGACAGCACGUGGCGGCAUCGCAGCCGGAGCACCCGUCCGAGGGGCGCGUCAGCUGUUGGCAGGGGCCUGCGGCCCUGCAGAGCCUGUGCACUUGUCCACUCUGCACUCUGGUGGUUCGAAGAAUUGGUAUCGAAAAUGGUUUUUCAGAGACACUUAGGGACAAGACAGCGGUGGGGAGGGGACAGUGGUGCCCUGGGACCAUCACAAGCCACACUCUCAGGUCACAGUGUCCCCUUCUUUCUCCGGUGUCCUGAGUGUGGACAGUGGUGAGGGCUCCAGAGUGGUGGUGUCCUGCUGUCACUCCAGGUCACCUGGACACUGCACGGGAGUGACCCUGCCACAGCCUCUGUCCGAGGUCUGUCACCCUGGCCAAGGGGCUGUUGUCCCUGUGGGUCUUGUCUCCUGGCACAGCAGGGGUGGGUACCCGCCUCUGCCUGGUGUCCCUGCUGGGGAGGAGCUGCUCUGUGGAGGCUGGGUCCGUCUGCAGUUUUCACAGACACUUAUUUAAUCUUUUUUACUGUGCAGCAAGGUGCUCUAAGUGAUACUCUAUAAAGUAUAUUUAAUAGAACUUUGCGUUUGCUAUCCAUGGACACGAAUACAUGUAUUUUUUUAAGAAAUGAGUACUGUGUAACACUAUGGCAUUGCUUCUAUAGCCAAAGUUCGAGACUCUGGAACACUGACCUGUAAAGACGACAGUUCUGCACGGCGUCCUGUUAAAAAUAAGGUGACUUGCAUUUCGUAAAACCGCCCUGCACAGUGAGCUGCAUGCCUUAGCGCCUCCCUCUCUGCGCCGGCGUCCCGGCGGGUGGGGCCGCCUGCCCGGCCGCGCGGCGAGUGCGGCCAGGCCUCAACUACCUUUGGAGAAACUGUACGAUGUUAGAGUAAUUUAUUUUGCUUUAUAGGAGUUUGUCAUGUAUGGACUUUAAUAUUGUAUUUUGGUAAUAAACUUUUUGUUAAAAACA